AUUCUUACGUCGAUACUGGAAACACAAAACCUGAUGGUAGGGGGGCAUGGGCAUUUCCUUACGGUAUCACUUACCCGGGUAAACCCUCUGGCAGGUUCUCGGACGGCCACAUCUCCACAGAUUUUCUAGCCCAAUUGCUAAGGAUAAAGUUACCAGUGACCUACUCCAAGAAAGAUGACAUGGAUACGACACGGUUACAAUACGGAAUGAGUUUUGCGUACGGAGGAACUGGAGUAUUCGACACUAGGGCUAAUUAUCCUAACAUGACAGUUCAGAUCAAUCUCUUCGAGCAACUCCUCGGCAAUGUCUACUCUCCAUCCGAACUUUCUUCGUCCGUCGCUCUCGUUAGUGUUGCUGGCAACGACUACAUUACUUUCGUUCUCGCCCAUCUUAAUUCGCCUGCCGAAUUAUUAUCAGGGUUGAAAUCAUUCAUCGAGAAAGUUGUGAAUCAAAUUGAGGUGGAUUUGAGGCGUAUCCGUACCUUGGGAGUGAAGAAGAUAGCAAUACCAUCAUUGACACCGGUCUGGUACACCCCCGCGCUUGCAAACCUCCCUGAAUCUAUCAAAAGCAUUGUACCGGAGAAGGUAAAAUACCACAACGACUUGUUGCAGAAAUCAGUCGCCAAGCUUAACAAUGAGUCCAAUCAUUCGGCUUUUACCAUCAUAGAUUACUACAAUACCUUCUUGGCUGUCUUCAACAACACAGGAGAAAUCCCAGGGAUUCUGCCGUUUAAAACCCCGUUCAUAGAAUGUUACAAGAAUGGUACCGUAUGUGAUGAUCCUAAGUCUGCUUUCUUCUGGGAUCCAAUUCACCCUACCCAAGAAGGAUGGAAAUCAGUUUACAAGGUUUUAAGAACAAAUAUCACCGCAGCUUUGACUAAAGCGUAAAACGUGUUU